AUGCACGCCGGUAAAGAUGUGCGUCAGCAGUUCGAAGAGUUAAUCUGGAGCUCUCCAACCGUCAAGCGCUUCAACCGAAGGUUUGUCCUGGCCCAUGUGCUGAAAUUCUUCCAAGUUCAUCCUCUUCGCCUACGCCGCGCCCGCCUGAAUCUGACGUCCCCUACACAAUAUCCGGGAUGUUUGAGCCACGUAAAGCUGAGCUUUACUAACGAAGAAUACUUCCGGUUCAUCGGCUACGAGAGCGCGCACGGUGUUGGCUUUGCGCGGAACCAGAUCUUACCGCACGUCCGAUUAGAGACGCUCACUGCUGUGCCAACGCUGAAGCACUUGGAGUUACAGUUCCAAGUCUUGCAUCCAAACAUAGUCAGCGUCGAGGGCUUCCGUGGCUAUGCUUACGACCCAUGGCAUAACAUUCGUCCUGAAGCAGAGACAGAGGUCUCGUGUCAGAAAGAAUGGCUUCGUAUAUUCCUCACACUGGCGUACUCUCGUCUACGCUCUGUUGAGAAAGUAACGCUUUCCGGGCACGUCAAGAACUCGACGCGGGAAUACUGGGAGCCCAAGCUUAGCGGAGAGGUGCACGAUAUGACACGUGCCCGCGAAGAAGUGCUGUCUACCGCUGCUUGGGAACUGUAA